AAGAAGAGUGCCAAACACGCUGUAACUUUAUUUAUGGUGAACUGAGGGUUGAAUACGACGUCGUCGUCUAAGGCGCCAAGCCAACACAUGAGAAGACCGGCUGCAAACCUUUCCGCAUUAUCUGAUAUCUGAAAAGGAAUGGCUUCGCCUUUGCCUUCGUCUCUCCAUCGGCUUUCACUCCUCUCCAAACCUUCACCACCUCAAAACCACCGCCUCCUUGUAACCCCGACCCGACCCGAACUUUCCCGGUUCGAAUGCCGGGCGGGCCAGACCGGGUUCUUCACCCGGCUCGGAAGGCUUAUCAAGGAGAAGGCCAAGAGCGACGUAGAGAAGCUCUUCUCGGGAUUCUCCAAGACUCGCGAUAAUCUCGCUGUCAUCGACGAGCUCUUGCUCUACUGGAAUCUCGCUGACACUGAUCGAGUCCUCGACGAACUCGAAGAGGCUCUGCUGGUAUCGGAUUUUGGUCCAAAAAUCACAAUUAAGAUUGUGGAAAGUUUGAGGGAGGACAUAGUUGCUGGGAAGCUGAAAUCUGGAAGCGAAAUAAAGGAAGCAUUGAAGAAGAGUGUGCUGGACUUGUUAACUACAAAAGGGAGCAAAACUGAACUUCAACUUGGAUACAGGAAACCAGCUGUGGUUAUGAUUGUUGGCGUUAAUGGAGGUGGGAAGACAACAUCUCUUGGAAAGCUGGCUUACAGAUUGAAGAAGGAAGGGGCCAAGGUAUUGAUGGCAGCAGGAGAUACAUUUCGAGCAGCUGCCUGUGACCAGCUGGAGAUAUGGGCUGGGAGGACGGGGUGUGAGAUUGUUGUAGCUGAAAAAGAGAAGGCUAAAGCAGCAUCAGUUAUUUCUCAGGCUGUGAAGAGAGGGAAAGAACAAGGUUAUGAUAUUGUCUUAUGUGACACCUCUGGACGUCUGCACACUAAUUACAGCUUGAUGGAAGAGUUGAUUGCAUGUAAGAAAGCUGUGAGCAAAGUCAUUCCUGGUGCUCCUAAUGAGAUCCUACAAGUUCUGGAUGGGACGACGGGUUUAAACAUGCUUCCGCAAGCAAGAGAAUUCAAUGAGAUUGUUGGGAUAACUGGUUUGAUAUUGACAAAACUUGAUGGCUCUGCUAGAGGUGGCUGUGUGGUCAGUGUGGUAAAUGAACUCGGCAUCCCUGUAAAGUUUGUGGGUGUUGGUGAAGGUGUAGAAGACCUCCAACCCUUUGAUGCAGAGGCCUUUGUUAAUGCCAUAUUUUCGUAACCCUAAAGGAUGAGAAUUACAUAAUCCCCUAAAUCUGUGUGCUGGCGGCGGGUCCUUGUCCAGCCAUAUAAGCAACUAUUUAAUUUGAUUGGGGAAAAUGAGGUCAGGAUGAAACUUCACACGUGGAACCACACAUUUAGUCUUCAGAUGAUCAGGAUAUUACUGGCAUACUGCUCAUAUGGCAAGUAUCAUAUUGCUGCUGUUAGAUGAAACUCGACUAGAAUUGAUGCAAAGUUGUGAAGCCUUAAGCUGCAGGGCGGUUGCUGCUGUAUAGGAUUGAAGAGUGGUUCUAACCCUUCAUACGGCACUGAUAGGGAGACAAUUUCAACUCCAAUUGAUUAAUUGAACGGAUUCUUCUUGUCCUUCAAUUUUUUUUGUUUUUUAAGGGAAAAACUUAUCUGAGUCUCCAACGCAUGCAUUUGAGUGUAAUAUCCCUGUAUCUUUGCUUCUCUCCAAUGGUUUGAUUGAGUGUAAGUUAUUUCGCUGGCAACAAGUUUAGGGUUUCUACUUGGGUACCUCAUUUCCUAUAUUCUAUAAUAAUUGUGUUAUAGAAAAGUUCUUAAUCUC